AUGCAUAACUGUCAGACCUUUGAUCAGGGUUUUUUUCAACCAAACAAGAAACCCUGCUUUGCUGGAAAUGUGGAGACGGAAAUUGUAGCACACGCUUCCGAAAGAGUGGAACUGCAAUGCUUUAUUUUCAAUGUUAAUUUCUCAGUCACUCUGGUAAGUCUGAGUCGGACGAAGUAUUCAUCUUUCACAGGACAGAAUAUGUUCAGUGUAGUUUGCACCUCAGUUUUUUACUCAAUCAUUCUGUGCGUUUUACUUGCCUGUUUCUGCAAACCUUGCCGAUCGUUCAACUAGCGGUUUGCAAAUAAUAGUCUCCUAAAGAGGCGCAACAUUGUAAAAUGGCAGCCGCGGAGAAAGUAUAAAUCGGGAAUUUGCAUAUCUUUGACAGUAAUCAAAAGGUGCUCAUAUGCUUCAGCAAAAAAUACGUGAGAUAAAAUUCCGUUAUAAUCGUGAUUAAAUAAACAACCGUAACUGGAUAGUAUCAAUCAUUUAACGCCAAAGCAGUGAACUAGUCCUCAAUUUUAGGUUUCGAUCCUAAGGUCCGCUGCCAGUAAAAAGACGCAAAGCGUUACAAGAAAUUUGGCUGAGGGGGUGUCGGAUUAUCAAAAAUUAUUUAUACUUAUGACUGAAUAUCCACGUUGUUCUCUACACCUUUGGCUUAUACACCUGCGGUUUCGGCAAAACCAAGGUCAUACUGUAAAAAGGGUUAGCCUAAUGGAUUUUUUGAAGUGUUUUAUUCUAUGCACCAGACAUUAGGCACUUUUUUUCCAGUGUGAAGGAUGUUUUAAUUUAUUCUUCUUCCAGAAGUUGCUAAAGAACCUUUUUUGGAAUUGUACAUUUAGAGAUUUUAAAGUCCAUUUAUACCCCAUUCGUUAAUUUCUUAUCAAAAAUUCAAUUGUUACAUUUGCGAUGAAAAGUUAAAGAAAAUAAGAAGAAGAUUUGGCGGUACAAAGAUGCAUAAACACGAAUUUUGUCGCGUUUUAAAUCAGCAAAAAUCGAUUUUCGUAGUUGUGCAAGAUUAUGAAGACAUUUUAAAUUGCAUUAGGUGACGGGAAUAGUUAAUACUUUAGAGGUGGUCCAGAUUUAUAACGUGGAAACAUUGAGGAUUUUUUUCACAAUGUGUAGAAUUCAUGUGUCCUAAAUGCAUGGAUGUUAUAAGUAGACAAUAUCUUAUGCGAUAAUGUGACAUUCGCCUUUUAGAUUCAUCGUCAUACUUAAGUUUUAUGCCCACCAAUUUGCAAAACAUUGAAACGUCGGCCUAUGAGGGGCAUUGUGAAUGUCUUAGGCACUCUUUCCAUGGACAUGAUUAAAAAUACGUGCUUAAAAAUUAGGGUAGAAUUGGGAAGACGCUAACAGUGCAUUCUGAAAAAUCUAUGAUGCAUUAACCUGUAAAAUGCCUUAAUUGAUUGAUUUCAGCCCCUUAAUAGAGCCUUAAUUAUCGCUCAAAGCCCUCAAUUUCCAAAGUUAUUCGAUACAAUUCUCAAUGUUUUGCUAGACCCAGUCCAUUCUAGAUAUAAUGUUAAUUCAAAAGAAUAUUUAUCUAUUUCUGCAAAUAAGUUUUGUAACUAUUGUUAUGCAUCCCAAAUGUAAAUGUUUAUUUUUUCGGAAACGUUAAAUGAACCAUAGGAUAAAUGGCAGGUUAAACGCGGAUCUGUUGCUUAUAAUACUACUUGGAAUACUUUUAACUCCUCAAUGCACUGACAUACGUUAAAUGGACCGUAGUUUGUUCUAUUAUUUUUCACUAGCUCAAUCAAAAUCGAAUCAAUUUGCGCGAUAAUAUAUGAUAUUUGGCAGCUAAAUGUAUUCUAACGAAGCAGUGUAAACAGUCGCACUACGCAAACUGUCAUAAUAUUUACCACAAAAGUCUAACGUAUCCGUCGUGCUGUGUGCGAAAACGAUAAAUAAGGGGACAUCUGUUGUGUGCUUACAAUUUGCCUUUUGUAAAAGAGAAUAGUUGACAAUUGAUACUUUCUGAUUUUCAGGGCAGCUUUGGAUGUUGCUUUGCCAUUAACCACUGACCUUGUCUAAAUGGCUGCGACUUGUUUAGCCCGAAUUUUAAAACGCGCAAAGAUGUAUGCGCAGAUGGCCGAAAUUUAACAAAUAUAAUUCUCCUAAAUCUGAAAGCUUUUUAAACGUGGUCGCGACUUCAAAAAUACCCUACUUGCUGCCGACUGCCUAUUCGGUUAAAAUGUUGCUGGAGGAGUUGGGUUUUACACUUAGAAUCGAAAACGAAAUCUGUCAAAAGCAGACCCAUUACAAAUGGUGAUAUUAAAAUUUCGGGAUAGUUAGUGAACAUAUCCCAAUAAUAUCAAGUUGCAAGCUUCAUAUUAAGCUUUGAUAUUGUUUAUAUACCCAAUGUAAGGUGCUUUCAAAAUAUUUGAAUUGAUUAUAUUCACUUUUCCAUAUCCAAAUGGGGUAACCAAUAAACGUUGGCUUCGAACAUACAUAAUUACAGCAAAGGAAAUUACAAUUUUGCUUAUACAUAUUGAAUCGACUAAAUUAUCUUGGUGUACAUUGUGUGACCGAUAUCAUGAAAUGUUUGUCAAUGUUCUGGAAUUCGUUUCUAAUUAGGAAUGAUUGUUUAAGUGAGGUUGUUAUACUGAUUAUCAUGCAGCAUUAUCCUAUACAAUUUCUGACUCACCAGAAUGUCGGCCUUUGAAUGCACUUCCUUUUCACCUCCUGUAGUAACUACACUCGGUAACAAAUGACUACUUAAAUAGCAUGCAUUUUUCUUAUUGAUUUUCGAUGGUCUUAUAAAGUCUGAUAUAUUUUAUAGAAUACAUGCACAACAAUAUGCUUGCUUAUGCUCAUUUGACAGGAAAUCACAUUGUCUUUAUAUUUUUGGCCCGAAUUAAGCGUGUACUUAGGUAUUAAAAAAGUAUCCCAUUUCCCGAAUAAUUUUCAGUCUGGUCUGCCAUUGCAUCAGCGUUUACCAAUUUCACUCUACAAGGCUCAUGCUUUUCGCGUAAAGAAAAUCAAAUAUUCCUCUAUUAAGAAGAAACCACAUAGAGUUCACGAACUUUUGCAAUGCAUCCGGGGUGUGUUGUACAUUUAAUGAGGAGUAUUAAUGAACGGACAGGUGCGGUCCUUCAUGCAUAGACAUCGCACGGUCUUAAAAGUCGCAUAAGUAUAAACCUUUUAGAAACCAAAAUGUACACCUCCUUCAGGCAUAAAAUAUAAAAAAAUGUAACUUCCUUCCAAGUGAGCAAAAUCAAGCAUAUUUUGUGCAUAUUUUUUAUAAAAUAUAUUUAAAUUUAUAAGACCAUUAGAAAUCAAUAGGAAAAAUGCAUGCUACAUAAAUAGCUAUUUGUUACCAAGGGUGGUUACCGCUGGAGGCCACAUAGAAGUACAUUCAAAAGCCGACAUUCUGGUUAGUCAGAAAUUUUAUAGGAUAAUGCUGCAUGGUAAUCAGUAUAACAACCCCAGUUAGAUAAUCCUUCCUAAUCAGAAACGCAUUUCGGAAUUUCGGCUAAUAUUUCAUGAGAUAGGUCAUGCACGGUAAGUUAUAUAUUCAUUUGUAGGGAUUCUUGAAUUUGCAAGCAAAUAACAGACGUUUUGUAAAAUAAAGUUGAAUGCUAUCGCAUUAAAUAGCGUUUUGAUUUAUAAUAUGCGACUAUUGCAAACACUAGCUCAAUGAAAAUGUUGAUUGUCCGUAUUUAGAUUUCUUGGUGGAAGAACAAUGAUCUCCAGGAGCUUACACUGGGAUUGGAGACACAUGAUCCCCGAUUUAAGCUUUCCAGGCGUUUUAUGGAAGACUGGAGCCUUGUUAUCAGCGACGUGCGUCUUUCGGAUUCAGGCUAUUACUCGUGCCAAAUCAAUUUCGAUGACAUAUUGGAAAAGGUUUUUAGGCUAAGCGUCAAAGGUGAACUUCAACAUCCCACUCCUGCGCGACCAUUAAACUUUAAACAAAAGUCUGUGUAUUUAUCAUUUUAUUGAAAUGUUUCUUGUUUGCUGAAACGCCUUAAGGCGGACUCUCAUCGUGGUAUGAUUUUUGAAGCGUGCGAUAAUAUUAUCUGAUUUGACGCCAGAAGGCGUGUUAGUACACAUAAGCGAAGGCUUGGACUGUCAUUAUAAUUUGAAAUAGAAAUUGUAUAUGGAAACAUUUAUGCAUUUUAACAGCUUUCAGUUGAAUUCCUUUAUGACUGAAAUGACUUACUAGAUCUCAUUCCAAUUUAAAUUAGCCGUCCUGACUUGAGUUUGUCAAAGGCAAGCCUAUGCACGCCAAACAAUAUUCCGAAUACUGUUAUGAGAAUUUUUGCAACUUAAAAACAGUCCUGUAGAUAGGAAGAUACGUGGCCACAAACUAGGCGUUGAUUUAAGUCCCAUGCACAGGCUAUUAUCCAAAGGUUGCGUUUUCGAAUAUUGGAACUUGCAGAGCAUUUCAAGGCAAACUUUCCCCAAAACACCCACUUUAUAUUGACAAAAUACUUUUUAUCAAAAAACAAGCACGAAAUGUAUAAAAUAAUGGCCAAAUAGCAUGUAAAGUUUUAAAUCAAACUUAUAUGUAUCACCUUGUUAAACGGUAGACUGUUAUCCCUAAGUAAACUAGGUAAAGUGCACUGACAUCUGAUUCCAUUACUUACCCAUGUUUGUUAGAAAAACAAAAUCCUAAUCUUCCUGCUGACGGCCGUUUAUGGACAACAGGUCAUUUCAACAAAACUCAUGCGGAAAAAGCUGGUAUGGUUUGUACUUCGUGCAAUGACUUGGUUAUUUCACGGAAUUUCAUUUUGUUUAGCCACGUGGGGUAUUUUUUCAUUGAUGCUCGUCAGCUAAGAAAAGCCGACCGUUUCUUACAUUCCACUACACACGAUGUUACAUCUUUAUAUCAAAUUGUGAAUUUUGGUCUCUUUGAUUAACUUAAGGAACAUCCUCGCCUGAAAUACACUGAUAUUGCUACUGAUACUAAAUGGGUCAACACAUCGGAGAAUAUAUAUAUGUGUAUUCGAUAAAACUUUUUGCAACCAGACAAAAUGCAUAUCAGUAACAGUUUUUUCGGCAAAAGGGCGUCUACGAUCCGUUGCCGCAUUAAUGUGCGGAAAAUAAAUAUGUUUUAAACUUCUCUGACAUUGUCCCUGUACUUUUAAGAGACUUUUGCGUUUUCAGCUCCUAAUACUUUGCUGUUAAAGGAAUUGAGGCCGAGGGAGCGGACACCGUUAACGCAGGAAAACAAUAUACACGCUUUUUACAACGAUGCCACAAUGAACGACCAGCUGCGGAUGACGUCCAGAAUUUCUCUACCUCGAGUGACCUCCAAUAAACCCGCUCUAUGUUCUUUCCCACUAAUGAUCAUACUGACCGCGCUAAGGCUAGAUUUCUAA